CAUAUAUGUAUCAAAUAUUUUGGCCUGGUUAGCAUCCUUUGGGUUCUUUCAAGGCACUUGGUUAGCUGAGGAGAAAAUCGGGAUUGAUUUGAAGCGGAUUAGGAGCUCCCUGGCACCUGAGAUGGGAGGCGGUUCUAAAGCAGCUGGAAUGGAGAAGAGGGAAGGCAGCCGAAGCUUCAGCCCUGGGGUGGUCCUCAUCGCCUGCAUGACGACUCUGCCGAUCUUGGUGCUUACCUUGGGAGCUUAUCAUAGCUGGUCGCUGGAUUGGCUUCGUGGAGUUACAGUUGUGUCACUGAAAGGUUCAGAAGAUGAAUCCUUUAUCUCCUCUCCUGCACCAGAGGAUAAACUUCUUGGUGGAUUACUGGCUCCUGGUUUCGACGAAGGGUCCUGUUUAAGCCGAUACCAGUCCGCUCUGUACCGAAAAGCUUCACCCCAUCUACCCUCCCGUUAUCUCCAGGCAAGGCUAAGAAAGUAUGAAGCCCAACAUAAAAAAUGUGGCCCAGGCACCGAUCCAUACAAGAAAGCCAUAGAGCAGUUCAAGUCUAAUCACAGCACGGGGCCUAUGGAGUGCAACUAUAUUGUGUGGACGCCAUACAAUGGCCUGGGGAACAGAAUGCUAACCAUUGCUUCAGCAUUCCUCUAUGCUCUUCUCAACAACAGGAUUUUACUGAUCCAUGUACCCAAGGACUUGGAUGACCUUUUCUGCGAGCCGUUUCCUGAGACCUCAUGGGUUCUGCCGUCGGAUUUCCCCAUCAUCGAUCAAUUAAGCAGCUUCCACAUCCGUACUCCUCAAAGUUAUGCAAACAUGCUGAGAAACAAGGUGAUCAAUAAGAAUUCGAAUGGUUCACUACCUGCAUACGUGUAUCUACAUUUGAACCAUGACUACAGUGAACUAGAUAAGCUCUUCUUUUGUGAAGAUGAUCAGUUAUUUCUCAAAAAGUUCCCUUGGCUGGUGCUGAAAUCUGACAACUACUUCAUUCCAGCUCUAUUUCUGGUCCCAGAGUAUGAAGAAGAACUGCGCCGGCUCUUUCCUUCAAGGGAGACAGUUUUCCAUCAUCUGGGAAGGUAUCUUUUCCACCCCACCAACACAGUGUGGGGAAUGAUAACUAGGUAUUAUGAAGCUUAUCUAGGCAAGGCUGAAGAGAAGAUGGGCAUUCAGAUAAGAAUUUUCCAGUUUGCACCCAUUUCUUCAGAGAAUUUGUUAGAUCAGAUCCUUAACUGUUCUCGAAUUGAAAAUUUGUUACCCGAGAUUAGUCUUAAAGGAUCAUCAUCAUCAACUACCAAGGCAGUGAGGUCAAAAUCUGUUCUUGUGGCUUCCUUGUACUCUGGAUACUCUGAGAAGAUCCGGGAUAAGUACUUCGAGCAUGCAGCUGCUGCUGGAGAGAUCAUCAGCGUCUUCCAACCAAGCCAUGAAGAGACACAGCACACAGAGAAGCAAACACACAACCAGAAAGCAUGGGCAGAGGUGUACCUCUUGAGCUUUAGUGAUGUCUUGAUAACAAGUUCCUGGUCUACAUUCGGGUACAUGGCUCAAGGUCUUGGUGGCUUGAAGCCAUAUAUUUUGGCACUUCCCGAGAACAGGAAUGCACCAAACCCUCCAUGUCGUCGAGCCAUGUCAAUGGAGCCUUGCUUUCAUUCUCCUCCUACUUAUGAUUGUAAAGCAGGGAAGCAAGUUGACAAGGGGGCACUAGGCCCACAUGUAAGGCAUUGCGAAGAUGUGAGCAGAGGCCUUAAGCUGUUUGAUUAGGACGGAUGGCCGUCUUUAGCAUAUUUGCAUUCUUUUGUAUAUUGUCUGCAGAGAUUAUUACAAUGCCACGAUAAUGAAAAAGGAACUUUCAUAUAUGUUUACUGAUGUGAAAGAACAUAAUCUACCAGGCUCCACUUCCUAA